AUGGUAUUAUCAAUUGAGGAUCAUGAAAUAUUAUAUAGAUCAUCAUUAUCAAAUAUCACUGAUAACAAUAACCCUUCGCUUUGUCAAAUUUGUUUCGAACCAUUCAAGCAAAAUAUUCGUAUACCAAAACUUUUACCUUGUGGUCAUAGCUUUUGCAAUGAUUGUAUUACUGCUUUAAAGUUUAAUUCAAUUUGCAUAUGCAAAUGUCCAAUUUGUCGUCACUCAUUUCCGUUACGAUAUGAUACAAAAUUUCCAACUAAUUACAGUUUGCUUGAUCUACUUGAUCGUCUUCAAUCUUCAUUCAUGACAAAACAAUCAGAUGAUAUGGCAUUAAAAAAUGAAAUCAUCUUACCGUCAACUACCAACAAAAGCAAUAAAUUAAAAUCAUCAAAGAUUCCAUACAGCUCAUCACGUUUAUCACAUUUGUUAUCAAAGAUUUCUCGAAAAGACAAGAAAACAGAUAACUACUACAUUUCCGCAGAAUCGCCAUUCACGUCAACUCCAGAUAUGUCAGGAGAAGAAGAUGGUGUUGAAGUGUCAUAUGUUGAGACGGAAAGCGAAAAUAACGGUGAUUCCGAAAAUACAAUUCCGGCUGCUGAUUCGGCAAACGUUAAAAGUACACCGAGUAGGAUGAUUUAUGUUGAUAGUGCUGUUUUGGACGACUCAACCACAACAACAACAGCAUCACAAGACUAUAGUAGUAGUUCCGCAUCCGGGAAUAUGAACAAUGAGGAACAGAUGACAAGGACAAACAUUAUUACUUGUACAGAAUCAAAUGAACAAGUUAUACAACCAACAACAAAGACAAUUGUAGCAACUAAAGUUAAUACAAAUUCUAGGAAUUUUUUGAAGAAAAUUUGGUGUAUUACUACUAUUAGCAUACAAUUAUUCCUGGUUAUUUUUAUACUAUUUUGGAGUUUAAUCAUCAUUAAAAUCUUUUAUGAUGAUUAUCAUAGUAUUCCACCAAAACAAUCAAUGCUAUGUGGUACUGCUGAAAUUAUCAAAGAAUGGUUAUCAUUAGAUCUAACACAAAUGAUUCAAUGCAAUCAUUAUUAUUCCAGUACUUUCUUGGAACGUUUACAACAUGAAGCGGAAAUAUCCAUCACAUUUCUGAUAGCACAAUUGCGCUUCAUUUCCACUAUUUGGUCAUCAUUAACAUUUGCAUCAUUUACUCAGUUAUAUAAUGAUUGGUUGCAUGAAGUGGUACAAAAAGUGAAAGAAAUUUUCAAUGAAUAUUACAAAACUAUUUGGACAAAUUAUUUGAGAAAGUAUUAUGAUAUGAUUUUAAUCAGUAAUUGA